GGAGGGGGCGCGAGCCGCGGCGGGGGCGGACCUCCAGCCCUCGGCUCCCGCCCGCAGCCGGCGGCGGGCACGGGAAGGAGGCGGAGCGGCGCGGAGCUGCCCCUCGCCGGCGAGCCCGGCGCGGGGCGGGGGGGGGGGGGAAGGCGCUGGCAGCGCGGAGGGGCUGAGCCGUUCCCCGGGCGAGCUGCGCCUCGCUCGGCCGCCGGCGGCGAGCGGAGACCUGAGGGAGGAGGCCGGGCCGGGGGCUUGCUUGGCGCUGUGGAAAGCCGGGGAGGGAGGCGGAGGAGGGGGACCGCCUUCCCCCGGCGCGGGGAAGGGCCUCCGCCGCGCUCUCGUCCGCGGAGGGGAGCCGGGUGCCUUCGCAGCUGGAGCCGCCGAGGAGGGGCCUCGCCUCCCGCGCUCCGGGCCCCACCUUUGUCGGGGUGGCCGGGGGUGGUGUCGCUUCUGUGGUGGAGGGGGGGGGCCCGGGGGUGCGCGGUGGAGCCCGCCCGGCGGGGGAGACAGAUGGGCCGAGAUGCAGCCGCAGCCCUCGCCGUGAGAGCAGAGGGGGUCGCGCCUCGCCGCGGAGGGACUGAGGGGAUCGCCGCCGCCUUCCCGGGCGUGUGAGGCAGCGAGAAGACAGAGACCUUUAACGGGAUGGGACGCGGCUCUGCCGUAAGCCCGUAGAGCUUGCUCUCCGCGCCUCGGUCAGCCUGCGGGGGCUGCCCUGACUGACAUUGCUGUAGGCGCGGGCUCGAGUCUGGAUUAUGUUUCCUUCUCAACCGGGCUCUUUCUUCGAUAUCGUGAAGCUGCGUGGGAAAUAAGCUCGGUUCCCAGCUCGGUGGGGAGCGUGCCGCCGUUCCUCGGCGGGGGGAGAUGCCUCGGGGCUGGGAGGCAGAAGCAGGCGCUUCCCCGGCGUCCGCGGAGCGGUGCCGACUCCCGAGGCAUGAAGGCGGGCGGGUGUAAUGGAGUAAGAGCGAAGACGGCUCCUCUCAACUGCCAUUUGCCUUUCCACACGGGAUUGUAAACCGAGACAGUUGAGGAAGGCUGUGCGAAAGAAGGAGGAAAUUCCUCUCGGCGGGGUUUUUUUCGCCUUUUCUUUUUUUUUUUUUCCCUCCUUCUGCCUCGAUCCUUGGCUUCCCCAGGUAUGACUGCCUCACUGCAGCACCUUGUGCUGGUGCUCUUGCUCUCCAGUGCCACCCUGCUGCUCAGCACUGCGGCUGCUGCGCAGAGUGAGGAGCGGCUGUGUGCAUUUAAGGACCCAUAUCAGCAGGACCAUGGAAUCAGUGAGAGCCGAAUCUCCCAGGAGAAUGGCACAAUUUUGUGCAUGAAAGGUAGUACCUGCUAUGGGCUUUGGGAAAAAACACGAGAAGGAGACAUACAUCUUGUAAAACAAGGUUGCUGGUCUCAUAUAGGAGACCCACAAGAGUGUCACUUUGAGGAGUGUAUAGUUACAACCACCCCUUCCUUGAUUCAGAAUGGAACAUACCGCUUCUGCUGCUGUAGUACAGACUUGUGUAAUGUUAACUUCACAGAAAAUUUUCCACCUCCUGACCCUACUGAUACAACACCUUACAAUUCUUCUCAUUCUUUUCAUCGAGAUGAGACUAUAGUUAUUGCCCUUGCAUCUGUGUCUGUACUGGCUGUUUUGAUUGCUGCUCUGUUCUUUGGAUACAGGAUGCUUGCAGGAGACCGUAAACAAGGUUUGCACAGUAUGAACAUGAUGGAGGCAGCAGCAUCAGAGCCCUCAUUGGAUCUGGAUAAUCUAAAGUUGUUGGAGUUGAUUGGCCGGGGACGAUAUGGAGCAGUGUAUAAAGGCUCCCUAGAUGAACGUCCAGUUGCUGUGAAAGUAUUUUCUUUUGCUAAUCGUCAGAACUUUGUCAAUGAGAGGAACAUUUACAGGAUUCCACUCAUGGAACAUGACAACAUCGCGCGCUUCAUUGUGGGGGAUGAGAGAUUCACUGCAGACGGCCGUAUGGAAUAUUUAUUGGUGAUGGAGUAUUACCCCAAUGGUUCUUUGUGCAAAUAUUUGAGUCUUCACACAAGUGACUGGGUGAGCUCUUGUCGUUUGGCACACUCUAUAACUAGGGGCUUGGCGUACCUGCACACAGAACUACCUCGAGGAGACCAUUACAAACCUGCAAUAUCCCAUCGUGACUUGAACAGCCGCAAUGUACUGGUAAAGAAUGACGGAACAUGUGUAAUUAGCGAUUUUGGACUCUCCAUGAAGUUAACUGGAAACAGACUGGUACGCCCAGGUGAGGAAGAUAAUGCAGCCAUUAGUGAGGUUGGUACGAUCCGCUAUAUGGCCCCAGAAGUGCUUGAAGGAGCAGUGAACUUGAGGGAUUGUGAAUCUGCUUUGAAACAAGUAGAUAUGUAUGCGCUAGGCCUUAUCUACUGGGAGAUAUUUAUGAGAUGUACAGACCUCUUCCCAGGGGAAUCUGUGCCAGAGUACCAGAUGGCUUUCCAGACAGAAGUCGGAAACCAUCCCACUUUUGAAGAUAUGCAAGUCUUGGUGUCUAGAGAGAAGCAAAGACCAAAAUUCCCAGAAGCGUGGAAGGAGAACAGCCUGGCUGUGAGGUCACUUAAAGAAACAAUUGAAGACUGUUGGGAUCAAGAUGCUGAAGCUCGACUAACAGCCCAGUGUGCUGAGGAAAGGAUGGCAGAACUCAUGAUGAUUUGGGAGAGAAAUAAAUCAGUUAGUCCAACGGUCAACCCUAUGUCAACUGCCAUGCAAAAUGAGCGGAAUCUGUCGCAUCAUAGGCGUGUAUCAAAGAUAAGGCCAUAUCCAGAUUACUCUUCUUCUUCCUACAUUGAAGAUUCAAUCCACCACACUGACAGCAUAGUGAAGAACAUUUCUUCCGAACAUUCGAUGUCCACUACACCAUUGACUUCAGGGGAAAAGAAUAGAAACUCCAUUAACUAUGAGCGGCAACAAGCGCAAGCUCGCAUCCCUAGUCCUGAGACAAGUGUCACCAGUUUGUCCACCAAUACUACUACCACCAAUACAACUGGCCUCACUCCUAGCACUGGCAUGACCACCAUAUCCGAAAUGCCUUAUUCGGAUGAAACAAACUUACAUACUACAAAUGUCAUGCAGCCAGGUGGGCCCACCCCUGUUUGUCUGCAGCUAACAGAGGAGGACUUAGAGACAAAUAAAUUGGAUCCAAAAGAAGUGGAUAAGAACCUGAAAGAAAGCUCUGAUGAGAAUCUGAUGGAACAUUCACUUAAGCAGUUUAGCGGGCCAGAUCCACUCAGCAGCACUAGUUCCAGCUUGCUUUAUCCACUGAUAAAACUUGCAGUAGAGGUGACAGGACAACAGGACUUCACACAGGCUGGCAAUGGUCAAGCAUGUUUGAUUCCAGAUGUCCCAUCUGCUCAGGUCUAUCCUCUACCCAAGCAACAGAACCUUCCGAAGAGGCCUACUAGCCUCCCCCUAAACACCAAAAAUUCAACAAAGGAGCCACGGUUAAAAUUUGGUGGCAAGCACAAAUCAAACUUGAAGCAAGUGGAAACAGGCGUUGCGAAGAUGAACACUAUCAAUGCUGCAGAACCUCAUGUUGUGACAGUUACCAUGAAUGGAGUGGCUGGGAGAAGCCACAGCAUAAACUCUCAUGCUGGCACAACCCAAUACACCAAUGGCACAGUGCCGUCUGGCCAGACAACCAGUUCGGUAGCGCAGAGGGCCCAGGAAAUGCUUCAGAACCAGUUCAGUGGAGAGGAUAGUCGGCUGAAUAUUAAUUCAAGCCCUGAUGAGCACGAACCCUUGUUGAGGCGGGAGCAGCAGGUUGGCCAUGAUGAAGGUGUUCUGGACCGCCUAGUAGACAGGAGAGAGCGACCACUGGAUAAUGGCCGAACAAAUGCCAAUAACAACAACAGUAAUCCGUGUCCAGGGCAAGACACAGCUACAGUCAGUAUCCAGAAUGUGGUGAGAAAUCCUGGGCAGACCCAGACUAGAAGAGCACAGAGGCCUAAUUCGCUGGAUCUAUCAGCCACAAAUAGUUUGGAUAGCAGUAGUAUGCAGUUAGGUGACUCCUCACAGGAUGGCAAAUCAGGCUCAGGAGAAAAGAUCAAGAAACGUGUGAAAACUCCGUACUCCCUUAAGCGGUGGCGUCCUUCAACGUGGGUCAUCUCCACUGAGCCACUGCACUGCGAGGUCAACAAUAAUGGCAGUGACCGGGCAGUCCACUCCAAAUCCAGCACUGCUGUUUACCUUGCGGAAGGAGGCACUGCCACCACAAUGGUAUCUAAGGACGCAGGAGUGAACUGCCUGUGAAAUACUUUAAAAGCCGACAAAUGACCUUUUUUUUGCAUUAUUUGAAACGAACAUGCAGAAGACAUUUUAAAAAACUGCUUUCUCCUCCUCUCAGCAACCCCUACCAAGGACUCGCUUUAAAUAGAUUUCAGCUAUGCAGAAAAUUUUUAGCUUAUGCUUCCAUAUUUUUUUAUUUUGUUUUAUUUUUUGAACGUUUUUGCACUUUUAUUUAGUAUCGCUAAAGUUAAGUCUGUCUGUUUUGACCACGGAAUAUAUAUAUGUGUAUCAAAAAUGUGGUCUCAAAAUAUUUUUUUAAAAAAAGUAACAAAAAAAAGUAUCACUGAUAAUCAGUUUGGACCAGUUUCUUAAGGUCACUAAGAUCAUAAGCAGACUAUAAGACAGGUUUGACUACAGUGGUGUCUUGUAACCAUGUUUUGAUUUCUGUGCACAAGCUAGUCUGUAUAUUUCUAUGUUACAAAGUGUAUUCUCUUUUGAACCCCCUAUUUUUCUUGUGUCAUGUUGAAAUGUGCAAUAGUCUAUAGUUCACAGUAUGCUUUAUUGAACAGUGUGUUUCUAAAACUGCCACAUGUUCCCCUUUUUGUAUUUGUUAAUUUUUCCCUGACAGUUGAGCAGUCAGCCGGUCAUGACAGUGAACUUUGCACACCAUAGCCAGCUUGGAGCAGCUGCCUAUAUCGCAUUGUGCUCUGAGGUGACAAUGCACGAAUUUUCCCCAACUUGAAGGGGCUUUUAAAAAGGAACAACAAAAAAAAAACAACUGAGCUCAGUACCUUUCCUUUCAUCCUUCUAAAUCAAAAUAUGUUUCCUUUAUAGUAGUAGAUGCCAGCCUGUGAAGUUCUGAGUAACAAAACAUUGAACAAAUGCAAGGAAACAGUCAGCCAUUUUUUCUCAUUUUAUUUUGUGUGCAGUUUCACCCCCUGUAUUUAUGUAAAACCUUGUUUAGAUCACUAAUGACGUACAUUGAAACAUACAUUUUAUUCAGAAAUCUUAAUAACUGUCAUACUUAAAAGGUCUAGUGAAGAUAGACUGCAAACAUACUUUAUUUAUACAGAGGAAAAAUCAUGAAUCUUAUUGGGCACAAAACAGUUUUGUGAUGAGUCACAAAUCUUUCCUGAUUUACCUCUGCAGACAGUCUGGGGUAAAAUCAGUCUGAUUACUUAUGCAAGUAGUGCAUCCUAAUUGACUGUUAUUGCUGAGUUGAAACUCGUCCUCCCUUCAGAGUUUUUAGAGCCCCUCAUUCAUCUUGUUAAAAUUUAUUGCAUGCUUUUAAAAUUCAUGGUUAUGAGUGUUUGCGGGGGAGGGUUGGUUUGUUUGGUUUUUUUUUUCCCCCCUCUGCUUAGACCCUUCUUUCAGUUUGUAUGCACAUUGAUUUUAGGCAUCAGUGAACGUGAAUGUAAUGUCUAUUGAGAUAAAUUGUUUUUUCACCGUCUCAAGUAAACUUUACCUUUCUUUGGAAUGAUUGUUUUUACUGUCUGCUGAAAGAAAAUCAAUUUCAUUAUUGGUCAGGAUGCCUAAGAAAUAUCCUUCCAGCUGAGAAAUAUUCUUUCUGAUUGAAAACACUUCAGUAAAAACUAUUUAGAUAAACAAAGAUACAACACAUGUCAGUCUUUGGGACUGAGUAAAGUUUUAUCACUUUAUCUGAAAACUGGUGAUGUUCAAAGAAAGAAAAAUCUCUUCAGUCAGCCUGCCAAACUCCUGUGGCAGGAUACUGGCAGCAAACAAUUGCCUUCCCCAGCCUGUCUCCUUUCAGCUGACUAAAACAGAUGCUCUGUGCUUUCAAGCUCAUUUGUUUCCUUGCUGUUAUAUUAUUUUUUCCCCCUGAGGUAAACUUUGCCAACCCUGUUCUUCUGUAUCUGGUGAUACAACUAGCAUAAUAUAUGCCUCGCUGCAUCUGAUUCUUGCUGUUUCCCAAACUCCCUUGUUUAUGCUUGAUCGCUAUGAUUUUCUCUUGUAAUGCUUCUUAAUGUUUCUUAGAUUCUCCUAGGUAUCUCCAAGAGAUAACUCUACAAAUCCAGGCUUUGAUUAAAUGUAGUUGUAGAAAUACAAGCCAUGAGACACAUUUUGGGCUCCCUGUGUUCUUUAAGCACCAGUUCAAGAAGUACCUUUCGUCUCUAAGGCGUAAUUCUGCUACCCACCUGUAUAAAUAUACAGUUAUAUUUACUUUCUUCAAAAAACCAGCCUUUCUCUGGUUUUACUUUUAAUUCACUCUCUGGCUUCCCAUCUGCUGCAAUCUUGCAUCCCAGAUGUUGAAAACCUGCCAGUUGCUCAGCUGGGUUUCAAGACCUGAAUCAGAAUUUUUGGCAUUCUGUUCAUAAUGCUGGCUGUGGUUUUCUUCUCUUUUGGCCUUCUUUGAGUCUCCAUUUGAAGUACGGUAUGUUGUUUUGUGAUGAUCGCUGUAUCAUGCAUACUGAAGAUUCUUCACUCCUUUCCCAGUGACUUUUUGCUUUGCCUUGCAUGUAUCAUCCAUCAGCGUUUCAGAAUGUGGGCUGAAAAAAGCAUAUUUAGGACACUUACCUAACUUGAAACACUCUGGAGAGAGAAAAGUUAUUUGCUCUAACUACUGCUUCUUUCUACUAAGAAAGAUUUGCACCCGUCUUCUAGCCUUUCUUUUCAGGCCAAUCCUUUGUAAGAAAUCCAACUUUUUUAUGCUCAAUGUAAUCAAAAUCAUUUUAAUACCAGAUGAAAAUGUUCUGCAGUUUUACUUAAACAUUCUUAAAGCAAACAUGAUGGUUUAUUUUCCUUUAUCUAUUUCUAUCACUUGCCGGAAGGCUUUUGGGAUGAAUUAUAAUUAGUAGAAAGUACUGGCUUUGUAAUCUACCAUGGAUAAAUAUAAUUUGUAACAUGAUGGAAUUACGAACUUUAUCACAAAAUACCCUAUAGAUUAAAUAGAGAAAAACUAUUUUUAAAGGUCAGUCAAAACAAACUCUUAAGUAGGUACCAAAAUACUGUAAUUCUGCACAGCUAGAUGAGAUCAGAUUAGCAGUUUGGUUUUAAUGCUUAAUUUAGCAAUGCCCCUUUUUUGCUCAUAGCACAUAAUCCAAUUUCCACAGAAUACUUUCUCUGUAAAUUAAAUGAUAUUGAAUUGUAUCUCAUACCAUGGGGAAUCCUUCUUAACCAAACAAAAUACAUGUAAGAGAGAGAAUUCUACAGAUCAGACACAUGGAUGGUUGAUAAAUGUACUAUAAUCAGGGGAAACAAAUGUGUUUUAUUUCUUUAUGGGGCUUUUUGUGUUUGUUUGUUUUUUUUAAGAGAAAAGGAUGAAAGUUGAUAAUUUUCUCUCAGUUUCUCAUGUAUAUUACAGACAAGAUAAAUAUAGCAAAAUGAAAAUAGAAUGAUAGUGUAAAUACCUAUGAAUUGUACCACUGUCAAAUAGGCAACAGUAGAAUAUUUGCUAUGGUAAUUUAUAAUGUAUAAUUCAAGUAAAAUGUUAGAGCAAACAUUUGUGAUGUUUGUAUAUAUAAGCCAAAAUCCAAAAUCUUUCUGGUUUUAGAAAAUUAUGUGCUAGUAGAAGCCAGAAGAGUUGCUUAGGUUAAUGCAUUGUCUCUUUUUCUGUUUCUUAUAAUAGAGGUACUCACCAACAUAACAUGGUAUUUAGAAUGUGAAUUCUAACCAUUUGAACAGACAUGCCUCAUAGAUUGAUUUUCUUCUAAAACUGAUAUUUACAAGUGAGAUUAUCUGCAACACUUCCCCUGAAUUUGCUUAUAAUGCUCUAUAGCUUCAUGUGCUAAACAAUUAGUAUUAAAAAUGCCUUUCUUGAAACUCCAUGAUGCACUUAAAUUGCACAGCUAAAAGUAAAGGAAUUCCUUAUCUAAAAGAAAACCAAUUGAUAUUGUCAUCAUUAGAAUAUUCUCAGAAACAAAGAACACUUCUGUUUGUGUUUUGCUUUCUUACUGCCUUUCAUUUGUGUCUUGUUUCCAUAUAGAAAAUUACCUAAUUUUCAAAGGCAACACAGUUUCAUUUUCUCAGUACACUGGGGACAAAAACCAAUGCAUGGAUGCUGGCAGGUUUCAGGAAACAAACAACAAAAAAACCCCUACCUUGUAAAUAUGUUUAGAAAGUAUGUAUCUUCCCACCUGUCAACUUUCUCUAAAAGAAAUCUUUAAUCCUACCUGCCUCAGAAAGGAGAAUAAGGAAGUUCUGUAUUGGUAUGGAAUAGAUUAUUGGGCCAAAUUUAAUAAUAAUGAAUUGUUACUUAAAAAAAUAUAUGUGUAUACAUUGUAUAUGCCAUAGUUUCAGUGUUCAGUGUGUUUUGAUCCAAUGAUACUCCUUUUUUAAAUGGUAAAAAAAAAUAGUUCACUAAUGUUACUAAGUCUCUGUUAAGAUUAUAAUUUUCUUUCAUGAAAAAUACUCAAAAGAUCAUAGCCAUUCUGCCAUUGAAACAUUAUUAUGGAAAGUUCCAGGCUAAUUAGGGAGAAUUUUAAAAUUCAAGUAUUUAGUCAAUACAGGAGAAAUUAAUUAUGCUGUAAUUUUUACUUGUAUAAAAAUGAUGGCAGUUCCCAUUGCUGAAACAGGCCGUUUUUAAGUCAUAAAAAUAAUAGUUGCUGAGCACAGUAGCGUAUACGUGACCUGAUGUCUAAUUGGAAAAUUUGGAGCAGCUUAUCAAAGAAAAAAAAAAAAAAAAGGAUUGAUUAGUCUAUGAAAGUUGGAUUAUAGACCGGAUGACUUAGUAUUUUGCAUAAAUUUGGAUUAUUUGAAUUUUUUUGUCUGGUCUCCCACUACCUGUUUUAACAGGUAAAUACAUUAACCUCCUUUUUUUAAUGUGCUGCUUAUUUUUUGUUCAGCUUCAAGCCUUUCUUCAGUGAAAAAGCUAUACAUAUUGCAGUGAAGCCAAAUACAUAUUUUUUUAUGUAAACUCUGUAUGUAUUUAGAUGCAUAUGUAUGUUGUGCGUGAGUUCCAGCAUUAAAUUCUGUGAGUUACAGCAUCAGAUGGUAGCACUGGUAGCAAGUAUAACGUUCUUUUUCAUAUGCCAUUUUUAAGUUGUCUUUAGUGCAUCCCAGUAAAAUUGGGAUCAGACUGUGACAUAUAGUCCAGUAGUGCAAGAUCUCCCAUGACAGAUUUGUCACUGAUUGUUUAGGUGGAAUGGAUUUAUGAGAGAGAGAGAGAGGGAGAGAAAGCUGGGAAUGCAGAUGACAAAAUUUAUCUGAAGCUGAGUAAUUUAAGGUACCUCUCAAAAAGAGAUCAAAAAAUAACCAGAAUACUUAAUACCUGAUAAUUUUUACAAGGCUUUUUUAUGUAGUAGCUAUAGCUAUGUCUGUGGUUGCCAUUUAAACGCAGCAUUCUAGUCCAUUAAAUCCAAUUACAUUUUAGGCUUCUAUAUUGUUAUAUAAAACUGUAGCUGUAGAAGUACAUCCCUUUUUUUGAUCCCACCCGUGCCCCACCCCAGUAGGUUCAGUUUUGAUGUGACAUAGUAACAAAUCAGAUUCCUCAUUUUGAGGUUUCUUCUGUACCGACUAAAAUUGGUAGCAGAACUUUCACUUCUGCAGAUAACAGAUUAGGCACUCCUGCGAAUCACAAUGGGAGUUAUGUUUGGCAGAAGUGUAUCUGAGGAAAUCAACAUCUAAUCGGCUAGUGCUUGAGCCAAAUGCUGUUGAAAUCAAAGGAGUCUGCCAUUGGUUAUGAGCAAAGGAGGGUUGGGUUCUGCUGGCAGUGGUUUUAAAAAUUUCUUGGGAGGAUUAGCCCUGGGAAAGCUAAGGUGGAAUGCGGGAGCACAUGGGCAAACCCUGGCUACUGAUGUCUUGAGGGGUGUUAGCUGAUGCCUCGGUUCAGGCUGUCAGGCUAGGUCAGUACCAGUGCAGCUGUGGUUAUUGUCAGGAAGCAGAACUGCACCAGUGGGAGUGGGAGUGGAAGGUUUCAAGAUAAAUCCUCAUUUACACCAAAGCCCUUUAAUGUUGAUCUGGGCUUCAUGCAGGUCUGAUUUAGUGGCUGCUGUGGUGCGUUACUAAUCUGCAUUAAUUUUUAUGGCCAUUUCUAUUAAUUUCACUGUGGUUUAAUACAUGUAUGUGCAUAAUAAGCAGGAACUAGUCGGAGUUAUGUUAAUUUAUAAUGUAAUUGUCAGAUAUUUUUAAAAGCCUAUUGAUCAGCAGUUGCGUAAAUUUGCAAGUCAUUCAGUUGGUUAACUUCAAUGCAUACGUCAUGCUUCAACAGACACAGUAAGUGUCACAGUAAGGAAGGAUUUCUUCAAAGCUCUUGCAGGCUUCUGCAGUUAUGUUACAGGAGCGUACAUCUAUCAGGGGCAUAGCAUCUUGCCUGGUAACUAUUUUAAAGCAGAAAUAAUUAGCCUUUAUAACUUCCUAGUUUCGAGGUCUGACAAAAGUCAAUUUUUUUAGCCCAUUCACUUGUUUUUAAGACAGAGCAAAAAUGUGUGAGGUUUAUUUCUAGAGCACUUGAUUCACUUUUUUUGUGCUUCAGAACUGUAUCAUGAAGUAUCACACUUCAAUCUUGUUUAUUCAAAAGGAAAGAAAAUAGUUAAUGUUUCUGUAGUUUGUAAAAAGUCACAAGAACAAAGAAACAGGCAAGUCCAAGUUAUAGCUGACUUUUGUUUGUCACUUUUGAAUUUCCUGAUUUGUGACUCUUCUCUCUCUUUCACGCUGUUGAAAUGUAUUUAAAAAGGUUUGUAUGUAAUGUUUCUUGUCUGCUUUUUGUCUCUAGAGGAAGGUGUGCUCUAUUCACAUUUAUAUAAGCUGGAAUAAUAUUUUACAAUCACUGUUGAUUAUUUUCCCCCUGAAUGCAGUAUAAGAGGAAAAUGAACGUGGCGAAGACUGAUUUCUAGGGUUUGGUCUUCUGUAGAAGCUGAAAUAAGGAGAUGUGAAACUGCCAUUUUCCUUACAAAAGACUGUAAAGAGAGCAUUACUUUCUGAGCGAGCUUUUCUGGGGAAGAGGGGGAGAAACCCUAGAAUAUGGAGUCUCAUCAGAACCCUUUUGUUAACGGGUAUUUUUGGUUUUUCUCUCAAAUGACUGAGGAAAUAUCAUGUAUGAAUUUAUAAAUAAUUGCUUUCAGUUAUUUCUUUUGUAUAAGCUGCCCAAUACCCUUGCUAUGCUGUAUAAGUUGUGUUUCAUGGAACAGUGUGAGUAUGAAAUAAAAAGCUAAUUUUUGGUUUUUAAUCAUCUGUGGAUGCCACUAUGAAAGCUGACAUUGUUAAAGCCACUACAGAGUUUUCUAUGAAUACUUGUAAGAAUUGCUUUGUUAUAUAUGAACCUAAAUAAAGAGAUUGUAUUGAUACAGAGACAUUGGAUAAGAACAUUUAAUAGGCUAUUCUUUAGGUCUAAAAGAAAAGGCUUGCUGUAAAAUGGUGCAUUAUUCCAUUUAUUAAAGAUCAUAUUAAUGAUAAAAA